CAAAUUCACCUCACGUCCAGACGUUUGAUGCUACCAGAUGUUUUCUUGUUUAAAAUCGUCUGCUAGGCCGCAACUUUGAAAAUAGACUGCCAUUGCCCUUCGAUGGUUUUUGUGCCCGUGUUAGCUGCUAAGAGGCAUCACCUCUAACAAUUAACGUGAAGACCAAAUGAAUCUUGAUGUUUUUCUUAAGUAAGCCACCAGUUAAUAUGGAAGACAAAGAGUUUACACCACUGACGGUACCAACGGAUUAUUUUCAGCAGUGGUACCAGUCUAGCCAGCAGUACCCUGAGGUGCAGCAAGUGAUGUCCUACCACUACAGUGAAGGUCUGAGAGACGAGCCUGUGAUGGCUGAGCUCUCCGUCCACAGGGAGACUCCACUUUGCCAGGAGCAGUUUUACCACAACUACUUCACAGACCACGACCAGGAAUCGGCCUAUUUGCAUAGCGCGACAGAGCAGCAGCAGCAUCAGCCUCCGCCGCCUCCUGCAUACCCACAGAAUCCUCCACAACAACACACACUACAACAACAACCUCCAUUUGAACACGCAAUGCAACAACAUCAGCCUCACUAUCAAGGCACGAUACAACAUCAGGAGCAAAGCGUUUAUCAACAAACUCCAGCCACAGCUCCACCUCAAGUGGUUACACCAGUAAAGAAGAAGCGAGGCCGUCCGCCCAAGAAUCAGAGCGACGGAGGAGGGGUGAAGGAGGAAGAGGACAACGAGCGGGAGCAGGCGAAGAAGGCCAAAAGGAUUCUCAACCGCUUCAACGGCAUGUCAGUGGCUGAGGUUAUGGCCAAAACGCUGCCUGACGUUAUUACCUGCAAUCUUGACAUUUUGAUCAUUGGAAUCAAUCCGGGACUGCUGUCGGCCUACAAAGGACACCACUACCCGAACCCUGGAAACCAUUUCUGGAAAUGUCUGUUUCUGUCUGGUUUCACCGAGCAGCAGCUGAACUACAUGCACGAUGAGAGCCUGCCAGAAAAAUACGGGAUAGGAUUUACCAACAUGGUGGAAAGGACCACACCCGGCAGCAAGGACCUCUCCAGCAAGGAGAUCCGUGAAGGAGGCCGACAGCUCCUUGAAAAGCUCCAAAGAUAUAAGCCACGGAUAGCCGCUUUUAAUGGGAAAGGUAUUUAUGAAAUCUUCUGCAAGGAAAUCUUUGGUGUGAAGGCAAAGAAUCUGGAGUUUGGUCUGCAGCCCUACAAAAUCCCAGACACUGAAACGGUUUGCUACCUGAUGCCGUCCUCAAGCCCGCGCUGUGCCCAGUUCCCACGUGCACAGGAUAAGGUGCACUUCUACAUCAAGCUGAAGGAGCUGCGAGACCAGAUGAAGGGAGGUGCAGCAACCAGACGAGAUGUGGUGGAGACCAAAUACUCCUUCGACCUGCAGCAGGCUAAAGAAGAUGCAAAGAGGAUUGCCAUCAAGGAGGAGCAGAUGGACCCCGAGUAUGAAAGCUGUAGUGGAGUGCAUUAGAAUGUGAGGCAAAGUGGCAACUUCUCCACCUGAAGUCAGCAUGUUUUGCCACCACCUUUGCAGCUAGAAAGGAAUCAUAAAACGGUUUACUGUGGGACUUUAGUGUAGUGCACUAAGGACUUACUGCACACGACUGUUGGAUUUUUCUCCCACACGUGCAUGUACUUUACUAGGUGUAAUAUUUUUCCCUAUUUAUUGCAUUUGGUAUCAUUUAUUUGGUUACUUAUUUUUUUACUGUAUUUUGAAAUAAUGGAAAUUAUGUAUGAUCAUCUGUGUAAACAAGUAAUUCUACUCUACAAUUUCUAAUCUGUUUACAGAACUAUU